CCGGGGACCGCAGCCGGCUAAGCCGCGCUGCUGGUGUCAGAGCCCGGCGAGCGUUGCCAGUUCCGCGGCGGGGAUGCUGAGGAGCGAGGGGUCUGCGAGCAGCCCCAGCCACUGCGGACUUCCGAGACACUCCGGGCCGUGAAAACCCGUGCACCGCGGGCAAUCCCAGGCUCCCGAGGCCAUUCACCGCUCUCGAAUUCGGACAAGAGGAGAUUCCAGCGAGGCAGCGGCUGUUCCUGGAUUCUGGGCUUUUUGAGCGUUGUGGAACCCCGAGAGACACCCCUGGGCUCUAGAACCUCGCCAGCGGCCCCCAGUCCCGGCUUCCUGCGUGCGUCUGUCCACAACCCCCUCCGGUGCACGGAUCGUUGGCGAGCCGCGACUGGGUCCUGGCGCACACCAUGAUCGUUGCGGACUCCGAGUGCCGAGCGGAGCUGAAGAGCUACCUGCCGUUCGCCCGGAGCGGCGGCGGCGGCGGUGGCGGCAGCGGCCCCGGGGCCGCAGAGGAGCAGAGGGAGAGCCGGGCUCGGCGAGGCCCCCGGCCCAGCGCCUUCAUCCCAGUGGAGGAGGUCCUUCAGGAGGGAGCUGAGAGCCUGGAGCAGCACCUGGGGCUGGAGGCACUGAUGUCCUCAGGGCGGGUGGACCACCUGGCGCUGGUAAUGGGCCUGCACCCUGACUACCUUAGCAGAUUCUGGCGCCUGCACUACCUGCUGCUGCACACAGAUGGACCCCUGGCCAGCUCCUGGCGCCACUACAUUGCCAUCAUGGCCGCCGCCCGCCACCAGUGUUCCUACCUGGUGGGCUCCCACAUGGCCGAGUUUCUGCAGACUGGCGGUGACCCUGAGUGGCUGCUUGGCCUCCACCGUGCCCCUGAGAAGCUGCGCAAGCUCAAUGAGAUCAACAAGUUGCUGGCACAUCGGCCAUGGCUUAUCACCAAGGAGCACAUCCAGGCCCUGCUGAAGACGGGCGAGCACAGCUGGUCCCUGGCCGAGCUCAUCCAGGCCCUGGUCCUGCUCACUCACUGUCACUCGCUGGCCUCCUUCGUGUUUGGCUGUGGCAUCCUCCCUGAGGGGGACCUGGAGGGCAGCCCUACCCCCCAGGCACCUUCACCCCCUAGUGAGCAGAGCAGCCCCCCCAGCAGGGACUCAUUGAACAACUCUGGGGGCUUUGAGGCAGCCCGAGACGUGGAGGCUUUGAUGGAACGCAUGAGGCAGCUGCAGGAGAGCCUGUUGCGGGAGGAGGGAGCGUCCCAGGAGGAGAUGGAGAGCCGCUUUGAGCUGGAGAAGUCGGAGAGCCUGCUGGUAACCCCCUCAGCUGACAUCCUGGAGCCUUCUCCACAUCCAGACAUGCUGUGCUUUGUAGAAGACCCCACUUUUGGAUAUGAGGACUUCACCCGGCGAGGGACUCAGGCGCCCCCCACCUUCCGUGCCCAGGAUUAUACCUGGGAAGACCAUGGCUACUCACUGAUACAGCGGUUAUACCCUGAGGGUGGACAGCUGCUGGAUGAGAAGUUCCAGGCAGCCUAUAGCCUCACCUAUAACACCAUCGCCAUGCACAGCGGAGUGGACACCUCCAUGCUCCGCAGGGCCAUCUGGAACUACAUCCACUGCAUCUUUGGCAUCAGAUAUGAUGACUAUGACUAUGGAGAGGUAAACCAGCUCCUGGAGCGGAACCUCAAAGUCUAUAUCAAGACGGUGGCCUGCUACCCAGAGAAGACCACCCGGAGAAUGUACAGCCUCUUUUGGAGGCACUUCCGCCACUCAGAAAAGGUCCACGUGAACUUGCUGCUCCUGGAGGCCCGCAUGCAAGCUGCCCUGCUCUACGCCCUCCGUGCCAUCACCCGCUAUAUGACCUGACUCCUGCAUAGGACCUGGACCUGGAGCAGCUGACCCUGGAGGCAUCCUCCUCCCUGCAAGGACUUUUCUGUCUGGAGGCAGACCUGAUCCCUUUCUGUCUCACACCCACCCACCACACUCUGGGGGUGGGCUUUUGUGUGAUGUGCAGCCCCCCGAGCCACACCCACCUUUUUCUUACUGGAAUGGACAGGAUCUCUAGGAUCUCAGCUUUGCCUGGGAGCUAGAAGAAGACUAGCAGAUCCCCAAGAGCCAUGCCCUUCUUCCUGCCCCUGAGGACACCAGAAGGAAAAUGGGCUGAGCUUGGACUUGUGUGCCAGCAGGCUGGGCCCCAGGCACCACAAAUACUGUGGCCUUCCUGGACUGGGAAUGUCCAUGGCUGGCCCCCGAGGGAGAGGGGCACACACCUCCAGGGACUGACACUCCUAGCAGCUUUCCUUUUCUCCUUCCUCAUUCUGAUUUAAUUACCUCUCACCUGCCAUUCACCCAUCAAUGUGAAAGUCAGGGUCACAGCUGGUCUGUGCAUCCAGCUCCCCCAAAACUUGUUCUGUCAGGCAGCCUGAAGGUCCCUUGUUUUCUAAUUGUCUCAAUCCUACUUCACUUCCUUUCACCUCCUUUGCCAUCUUACCCAUUUGUCCUAUUCCUGGUGGUAUGAGGCCCCAGGAGAGAGACCAAGCACAUCAAAAAAGUAGAUUAUCCCUAGAGAACGAGGGUCUCUGUUGGACACUUUGCCUUCUGAAGAGUAGGGAGUAUUAGAUGACAAAUUCUCUGUAUUUUGGUCCUUUAUGGGUGAAGUUCAAACCUCUUCAGGACCUCACCUCUAGAGCUACAGUCAAUGCCUUCGAGGAGGAGGGCCGGGCAGUCUGUUCUCUCCAGAGCUGCACCUGCCCAGCACCCCACUCUGCUGUCUCCCAUGGCUACUGCAGAUAUUUGCCAAAAUGUUGAGCCUUUCUAGGCGGCAUGUGGCCCAGUGGGAAAGGCAGGAGACCCCAGGGUUCUUGUUUGGGCCGUGCCACUGGCCAGGUGACCAUGGUUCCUUUGCCAAAAUCCUUGACCUCUAUUUCCGCAUUUGCAGACUGAGGGGUGGGGCUAAGUUUCCAGGAGGUCUGAGUCUUCACCCUGGGUUUCUCAGGCCAACCUGCCAGCAGUGAACUGCAAAUCUUGCGGGAUCUUGAAGACCUCUGGGGAUUCCCCCUGCUCCCCACUCUUGCAGUCAGUCUCUCCUGGCUACCUUCCAAGGACCAUCCAGUUUCUGUCCCCUCUUCUCAAUUUUAGGUGGAUUGUUUAGAGGCAGAAGCAGCCAAGGACUGAUACCAGGCACUUUCUAUAGCAAACAAGCUGUGAAUUAUGACUUUCCUUCCCCUUCUUCCGGCAGUAUGUGCCUCCUCUCUGACCAGUUUGGAGGUGACAAGAAAGGCAAGAGCCAAGAUGCUGCUUCCUUCUGACCCUCUGGGGUGGGGCAGGAGAGGAGCCUGGUCAGUGUGCCACAUUUCAUACCCAUGCAGGCAUGGGAAAGCCACUGGCACCCCCUCAGGCCUCACCCCCUCAGGCCUCAGAGCCCUCCCUGCAACGAAACUGAGCAGGAGGAAAGAGGCUCCAACCUUGGGGUUCGGAUUCUGGAGGGGACGUAAUGACUCUGUAAAUGUCCCAUGGGUGGGAAGGGGUAUUCAGUGUUUAAGUGCAGAAGUCUUUGGCUUUGCUACUGGUUCCGUAUGAUGAGAAAUAAAAGUUCACCGAGGUUUUGUUUUGUA